GUCAAAGUGGAGUCAGUACAGUUGCAUCAUUACAUCCGAGAGACAGCAGUGUCUUAGCAGCGUCUCGCACACCACGGGUAUCAUUUGAAGAAGAAGCGCCAAGAUGUGCGGUAUCUGGGCUUUGUUCGGCAGUGAUGAGUGCCUGUCAGUGCAGUGCACCAGUGCCAUGAAGAUCGCUCACAGGGGCCCCGAUGCCUUCCGCUUUGAGAACGUCAACGGCCUCACCAACUGCUGUUUUGGCUUCCACCGAUUGGCUAUCGUGGACCAGCUGUAUGGCAUGCAACCCUUACGCAUCAAGAAGUUUCCUUUCUUGUGGCUCUGCUACAACGGAGAGAUUUACAACCAUCUCACACUUAGGAAACACUUUGACUUUGAUCACCAGACUGAGGUGGAUGGUGAGAUUCUGCUCCAUCUGUAUGACCGCUUUGGCAUCCAGGAGAUGGCUUCUCACCUGGACGGUGUCUUUGCUUUUAUCCUGCUGGACACCGCCAACAGAAAAGUCUUUUUGGGAAGAGAUACGUACGGAGUGCGGCCUUUGUUCAAACUCCUCACAGACGAUGGAUUCCUUGCAGUCUGCUCAGAAGCCAAAGGACUCACAAACAUUACCCAUGCGAUGACUACCCCUGCCACCAUUGUCCCCUUCCCCCCUGGGCACUUUGAGGUCUUUGAUUUGAAGCAGAACGGAAAAGUUCAGUCCAUUCAGAUGGCGCCGUUUCACUGCUGCACCAAAGAGCCUGCUCAUGCCAAAUACGACACUGUGGAGAGACUGCCUUCAGGUUUCGAUGAGGAGACAGUAAAAAGCAACAUCAGAUUGCUGUUUGAGAACGCUGUAAGGAAACGUCUCAUGGCUCACAGGAGGAUUGGCUGUCUUCUGUCAGGUGGUCUGGACUCCAGUUUGGUCGCUGCGAUGCUGGUAAAGCUGGCCAAGGAGGAGAAGCUGCCGUAUCCCAUCCAGACGUUUUCAAUUGGGUCAGAGGACAGUCCAGACAUCAUAGCUGCUCGCAAGGUUGCGGCUCACAUUGGCAGUGAACACCACGAGGUGAACUUCACUGCAGAAGAAGGAAUCCAAGCUGUGGAGGAGGUGAUCUUUCACCUGGAGACGUAUGACAUCACCACCGUACGUGCCUCUGUCGGGAUGUACUUGGUGUCAAAGUACAUCAGGGAGAAGUCAGACAGUGUGGUGAUCUUCUCUGGAGAGGGCUCUGAUGAGCUGACUCAGGGAUACAUUUACUUCCAUAAGGCUCCAACUCCCAAAGCAGCUGCAGAGGACAGUGUUCGACUGAUGAAGGAGCUCUACCUGUUUGAUGUCCUCCGUGCUGAUCGCACCACGGCUGCACAUGGUCUGGAGCUCAGAGUGCCUUUCCUGGAUCACAGGUUCACAGCGUACUACCUUUCUCUGCCUGAGGAGAUGAGGGUCCCCAAGCACGGAGUGGAGAAGCAUCUGCUGAGGGAUUCCUUCAAGGAUGUCAACCUGAUCCCAGAUGAGAUCCUGUGGAGGCGUAAGGAGGCCUUCAGUGACGGGAUGAUGUCUGUGAAGAAGUCCUGGUACGUCUGUCUGCAGGAGCACCUGGAGUCUAUGGUGAAUGAUGACGAGAUGGAAAAGGCUCACAAGACGUUCCCUCACGUCCCUCCAUCCACCAAGGAGGCCUACUAUUUCAGACAGGUGUUUGAGAAACACUACCCAGGCCGGUCUGAGUGGCUCUCCCAUUACUGGAUGCCCCGCUGGACCAACGCCACUGACCCAUCAGCCCGGACCCUGGCUAUCUAUAAACCUGAUAAAGACCAGUGAUUCACUGGAGCAGCUGCGUCUGUCAGUCAGCAACAUGUUGGCCUUCUUAGAGAAUUCUGUCUCAUACUUAGCUUUACUUUGUUAAAACUCAGAUUCAGAUUAACUUAUUUGGAGCUAGUUAUACUGUACAUGAAGUUUGUCACACUGUGAUGGAGUUGGUCAGACUCUGAUGUAGCAGUACCAAGAAACAAUUCAACAGAGGCUUUCUUUGCCUGAGCUGCCUCAUCAAACCCAAAAGCCUCAGUCAGACAUAAUGGGUGCCACAUAGGUGGUUAUCAAGUUUCCUCUGUUUGCCAUGUCUUUCUUCCUCAGGCUCCUUACAUGUUCCCAUAAAACGAGUCAAAUAACGUGUUCAGUGCGUCACUCUUAAAAUUGGUUGAUGGCGUGCCGCCUUCUUCGACCUUUGAAGAAUAUUAAGAAAGGAUCACAGGAUAAAGCAGGAGGAGGAAAAAGCAUGCAGGCAGGAAAUGACUAAUAGUGUAAAUUCAGUUAAUAUGAGUAUUUUAACAGUCAUUUUUAACAUGACAGCUGCACGUUCUUUAAAGGAGCUAUAUGUAAGAAAUCUAAAGCAAAUAGUCAUAAAAUCCUCCUAAUAUGUCACAGAGACUAAGGACUAAUGUUCAUAUAACAUACUGAUCUCACCGACAACAAUAGUACAGCCAGAAUAUUCGCAUUUACAAAAAAAUUUAUGGUCCGCAAAUCAUGUUUAUGUUUUGAAUUUGUGUUUUGGCCUGUUCCUCACCCACCACCAUCUACCAGUCACACAGUCAGUAGAGUCUCAGCAUCAGUUACUUUUACGACUGAGCUACAGCAGCACGGCAAGCAGCAUUAGCAGUGUCCCAGUACAUAACAUUAGCAGUCUUCUCAGCUGUAUCCCGGCAGAAGCGUUAGCAGCAGAGAAGCCGGACUUGCUCCACAAUUUAUUAGUAACGUUUCAGUCCUCGGGCGGCACGGUGGUGUGGUAGUUAGCACUGUCGCCUCACAGCAAGAGGGUUCCCAAUUCGAUCCCGAGUGGGGGAGCCCUUCUGUGCGGAGUUUGCAUGUUCUCCCCGUGUCAGCGUGGGUUCUCUCUGGGUACUCCAGCUUCCUCCCACACUCCAAAGACAUGCAGGUUAAUUGGUGACUCUAAAUUGUCCAUAGGUGUGAAUGUGAGUGUGAAUGGUUGUCUGUCUCUAUGUUUUGGAAAACAAUUUGUUACUGUAUGAUCGGAAUGUAGGCUAUACAAACAACAGAUGGUUGGACUAGCGUGAACUCAUCAGCAACUCGGUUGAACACAGCGUCAAAAUAUCUAAACAAACUGAUUUACCCGAACAAAAUCGAUCAGAACUAGAAGACGUCGUAGGCGCCUCCUGUUUUCAGCAUUUCUUCUCCGUUGAUUCAUCAGACAGGGAAGAAUAAAGAUAGCACACGCCACAACGCGUGACGUAUGCCUGCACGUCGGCCACGCUGAUUUGCAUGAAGUGGUGUCUUAUUUCUCAGGGAAAGAUCUCUACCCUAAUAUUUCUCACUUCCCUCAUCGAGGGUUAUCUCGCAAACGAGGGCACUCAAUACCAAGUGGAAGAUUUAAGGGGUAGAAAUGGGAUUGGGCCUUAAUCUUCAUCAUCACCUUCUUCGCACAGCAGAACUGUGUCAAGUUUUUAAUCGGUUUCACACAUUUUUCCCGCCCUUGUUCCAAACAGAUAUGACAUAUCUUACAGAAGGACCCAAAACUCUAUUGGACUAACUGUGUUAAACAAAAGGAAAACAUUUUUUCACAGCCAAUAUAUACUACUUGUAUAAUUAUGAAUCUCUAAUGCACCUGAAUGAAACUUUUCAACCAGCAAUCCUGCACCUUGGUGUUGCUAUCUGCAAGCAUGGAUCAAAGAGGCAUGUAAGAAGAGUAGAGACCAUUCUGGGAACAUUUCUGGCAAUAUUUUGUGAGUGUUUGAGCAUUUUGCAAACAAAACGUGUCAUUUAGGCCAGACACUUUGUGUUUAAGCAAAUGAUAAAAACUGUAAAAUAGUGAACAGAGAACAAAGAGAACACUACAAACAUACUCAGCAGUUCAUUGAGAGCAAGAACAUUGUGAAUACAUUAAAACAGCAUUGCUCAGAUAUUCUGCAUCACAUGUAAACUGUAGGUUCUCUCGACAAACAAACAAAACAAUGCUAUAGUUAGCGCUGCUGUAAUUGCACGCCUUCAUUCGGUGGCACUGAUGUAACAUCAUGACUCAGCAAUUUGGAUAAAGUGCUUUUAUAAUGUUUUCCCUCAGCUGAGAAUCUGUAUCACUUGUAGAUACACACUGACUGUAGAGUGACGAUACUUAAGGAGCUGUGAGAGGCACUUUUUAUCUGAUUGAAAGCCGAAACUCGUUAGCCAUGCAGCAUGAAUUGCCAUGGCGAUGUAUCCAGAUUAAAACAGAGCCACUUUUAUGUUGUGUAAAAAUGUGGCUUUAGAUUCAACAUGCCUCUCGAACCCACUGAUCCCUCUGCUGUUUGGGGAAUUACAGUAAUUUUAUUUGUGUUUUUAAUUUACAUGCACACGCGUAAGACUGCGUUAAAUCCAGAUAAUGAAAAGUAAAUGUAUCAGGAGAGGUCAAGAGGCCACAGGCUUACACAGUGGACCUCCGCUUAAAGAGAAACACAGCCACUGAUACUGCUCUUAAUCCUGUUCAGAUUCCAAGUGUACUCUUAAUUACGGCCAUGCAACUACCAAACACUGGAUGCCAAAACAGUCAUGUGCAACAUGAAAGCUUUUAUCUGACAAACUCCAUCAAAGUCUGACAAAGAUCAGAUUAAGUUAGGAUGAGACUGGUGUGUCAGGUUUAUAUCAUCACUGCAUUCAAAGGACCUACUUGUGUUUAAGUUGUACUGCAAAUUAAGUUUUUUUUUAUUGUCGACCAUUUUCCAAAGCUGACAAUUAAUCACAGUUUUUAUUUCCUACCUUCCAGGCAGCCACUGGUUUCUGUUCAAUCCAUUAGUCUAAGAAAUGAAAAUGAACGCUCAGACUUGAAAGUUGCUCGAGAUGGGCGAUCCAUCACCGUUAACACCUCGUCAUGUUUUGGGUGCCUUAUGAUAUAUAGUCGCAGCAGAUGUGUGAGCAGCUGCGGUGAAGCUGUAAAAGCUGCCUCGAGGAGCUCUAGCAUCCCAAAGUGAGGUAACACGCUGUCCCGGCUUUUCUGUUGUGUCAAGAAUUAUUUUAUUUUUGUCAAGGGCACAAAAGUGAUCAUGAGCUACUGUAUCGUCGUCUUGAAUCCAAAAAUAACCGACCUCAUACGUCAGUCAAAAGCACUAACUGGAUUUAAGGUUACCGUCUGAGUCGUAGACGCUGUAGCUGCAUAAAUGACCAUAGAUGUGAUGAUAGAUAUAUUUUAAUAGGUUAAAUGGAUUAUUUAAAGCUGCUAACACCAAAUAGGCUGAUGCUUGCUGACUAUUAUAUUACACUGUGUGUCAUGGGUAGAGGUGUCGUAUGUGAGCAUUGUCAGUGGCUUCUUACACAGUUUGACACUUGCUCUGCUGUUUUCCCAUUGGAUCUUGGACUGGCUAUGCAAACACAUUUGUUGCGAGUGUGUGCGUUGUAUAAUGCUGAAGUGAGGGUAGUAUUGUCAAGCUUUGGACUAUAAUGUGAAGAAGUACAGUUUAGUUACCAUUACAAGAUUAUGCUACAGCUAAUCUGACACUGAGGAAAAAUUAAACAUAAGUGUCAUAGUUUUCAAUAGAGUUUAUUGCAAGGCUGCAUUCAUUAUAUUUUUAUUUCUGUGAUUCUUCCCACCUCCUAACAUUACCAUUAUCUGUCUGAUUUGUUUUCUACUCAUAUAUUGUCUCUGUUUCAUACUAAUUGCUGCAAAAAUAAAUUCACCUCUUGGCUGGGAAA